GUACGGAAAGAGAAACAAAGAUUGCCAAAUCCUUUUACGCUGAGUGGUGGUUUCCACGAUAGCAUUGGAUGUAUUUGGCUGAUUCAGGAUGACUCGUCCAUAUUCUAAUAAUAGCAUCGCUCCUAAGGAAUCUACUAAGUGAUAUAGUGUAAGUGAUCUGCCCCGAAACAAUACACUCACACAGAACAGAAAAGAAAGAAAGAAAGAAAGAAAUGUCACUUCCGCGGUCUCCAGGGUACAGCCGCUCGACCAGCCGCCAAGUUCAGGUGCUGGCAGCUCUCGGGUCACCUGGCCACAGUCCCGCGAUUUUUUGCACUGAAGUUCCAGUUAAUACCGGGAAUCCAGCGGGCACCCGCGUCAGCCAGCGUGUCGAAGCAACGAAGAGAAAGUGAAAGUGGAGCUCGUAAACUGCGUUGCCUGCUUUUCUCUCCACCCAGGACCAUGUCGAGAGGCUCCAGCGCCGGUUUUGACCGGCACAUCACCAUUUUCUCUCCCGAAGGGAGGUUAUACCAAGUAGAAUAUGCCUUCAAAGCCAUUACUCAGAGUGGCCUGACAACAGUGGCUGUGCGUGGAAAAGACUGUGUUGUGGCUGUGACGCAGAAAAAAGUUCCGGACAAGCUGCUGGACCCAAGCACACUCACCAACAUGUUUCAGCUCACCAGCCGCAUUGGUUGUGUAAUGACUGGGAUGACAGCUGACAGCCGCUCCCAGGUACAGAGAGCUCGAUAUGAAGCUGCAGAGUUUAAAUACAAAUAUGGAUAUGAGAUUCCAGCUGACAUACUCUGCAAGCGCAUGGCCGACAUUUCACAAGUUUAUACACAGAAUGCCGAAAUGAGGCCACUGGGUUGCAGUAUGAUUCUCCUAGCUAUUGAUAACGAGGUUGGUCCUAUGCUUCUGAAGUGUGACCCAGCUGGCUACUACUGUGGGUACAAGGCGACUAGUGUAGGUGUGAAGCAGACUGAAGCCAAUAGCUAUCUUGAGAAGAAAAUUCGCAAAAAAAUGAAUUUGACCUUUAAUACCACAGUUGAGUUUGCAAUAAUGUGCCUGUCUUCUGUCCUUUCACUGGACUUUAAGUCAAGCGAGAUUGAAGUUGCUGUCGUCACUAGAGACAAACCAAAAUUCAGGAUACUGACUGAAGCUGAAAUUGAACGUCAAUUGGUGGCGAUUGCUGAACGGGAAUAGAGAUUCUGUCAUUUCCAAAUUAUUCCUCGCAGACACCCAGCAUACCUGACUACAAAUAAAACAAUACAAUAAUAGUGCUUUUUUUAAA